ACACGGGUCCACUGCACUGGAACGUCAUGCAUACACUAUUAAAGGCACAGCCUGAUUGCAGCAGUGAACAAUUGUUAAAGUGAGCAAGUGAUUAAAGUUUAAAACAGCAGAGGCAGGGUCUCUGUUUGGGCAAUGGAGUACAAUUACAUUCAUGACCAGCAGGAAACCCGUUCGAACCAAGAAAGCGGCCAAGGGCAACCUCAGAUUCAGCCUCCACUUCAGUACCAUCAUCACCAGCAGUAUCCUCCACCACCACACCAUGCUAUCCAGUCAGGGUACCAUGGACUUAGAUUGGCCCCAUACAUCAACUCUCUUCAAGCUCCAGUUUCUCUGGCGGGACAGGUGCCCAGUUCAGAAGGCCUUCACCUGUCUCGAAGUUCUGUCACCUCGGGAUCAACGACCAUCACCAACAGGGAAAGCCCCGGACAAAGAGGACAUAACUAUGAUCAUGUCCUUGCAGCUGCUAUGCAAGUGGACAGCACAUCACUUCACUACCAGGCAGCUCUUUCCAGUGGUGCUGUACAACCCCAGCAGGUUCCAACAACACUGCCUGCCACUGUUGCAACCCCACCAUCCCUGCAACCGCCAUCAACUCUCAACUCCUCACAAGAUCCAAGCUACCUCAUUGAAGACCUCUCCAACUCAACACGCAACAGUGUUGCUGCAACCCAAAGCACCAUGCAUGCCACACCACCUCACUGCAACCCUGCUGUGAGCAAUAUAAAUCCUGUCUCACCAACAACUCUCAUCAGCAAGAAGAAGGGUCCUCCUCGAACAAGAACAAAGAGGGACAGUCUUCCACAACCGAUGGUUCAGAUUGUUGAACCUCAGGUUCAGCACCACAGGCGUAAGGAAUAUGUCCCAAGUUUCACCAAGUACUGUCAAACAGAACCUUUGUUUGACGAGAUUUGGAAAUCCGAAGGUGUGAGGGCAGAGCCAUCGAGUCUUCCUUCGGGUCUGGCAUUCAUCCAAUCGGUGGGCGAGGAGAAUAAGAUAAAGGGUGUGACUUCUCAAAAGGACUUGGAAGAAGGAGAAACGUUUGGGCCGUACACUGGAGAGUUUGUGAAAGAAGGUUUAGGCUGUUACAACCCAUCAACGUGGGAAGUAUGUGUACGAGGCAGAGCUUGGUUCUAUCUUGACGGAUCCAUGGACCCUGAUAAUUGGAUGCACCAUGUCCAGUAUGCCAGGAACACCAAGGAACUGAACAUGGAAGCUUUUCAGUCCUAUGGGGAUAUCUACUUCCGUAUCACCAAACCUAUCAAAUCAGGAACAGAGCUUAGAGUCUUCUAUAGUCCAGAGUACAGGAAGAGGGUUGGAUUCCAGACCAGUCUGGAUGAACUUCAGGUAGACCAAGAUAACCAAAUGUUCCAAUGUCAAGAUUGUAAGUGCCGUUACACCAACGCCAAGAGCCUCUCUAGACAUCUCAAGUUUGAGCAUGACAAGGAGAACUUACGGAAUGUGGCCGACUUGAAGGUCAAUGUUCAAUCUCAAAUCUUCACAUCACCGAGGCUCGAGUUUAUCACUUCCUUCCGCAAGAAGGAGGCAAGAACUGGGAAUGCAGCAGCAGAGGAACCUGUUGCUGAGGACACACCAAAGAAAAACUUGACAGAAGAGAAGAGCAAGAAGUUCCUGCAAGUGAAGUAUGUUCCUUUGAAAACCGGGAAACAGAGCACUGCUGGGGACAGUCGAGCUAACAGAAGUAAGAAAAGAGACCUUAUGAAGAGAUUCUCUUGUAAGAGAUGCGGUAAGCUAUUCCCAUCGGAAGGACACCUCAGAGAACAUUCAGCAUUCCACCAAGAGACCAAAGACAUCAAACCAAUCUGUGAGGUGUGUGGACUGGAGUGUAAGCACCAAAGGGCUCUCAAACAGCACAUGCUAUCUCAUGAUUCGUCAUCAUUCCAGUGUCAGAAGUGCCACAAGUUCUUCAAGCGGAAAGGAUGUUAUGUUUACCACCUUCGACACGACCAUAAGAUCUUUGUUGGGACUCGUUGGAUGAGAGGAAGCAUUGAGGAUCAGAUGACAAGGUAUGUCGGACCUGAAGAGGAGACUGAGGAAUCUCCUCAACCUUUCCAUCCAGAACUCCCCAAGGACAUGCUUGGAAAGCGAAUACUAAUUACCAGCAAGAAACCAAAGGUCUUCAAAUGUAAGUACUGUCCAAAGAAGUUUUCUGCCCACAACUUGGUGUACAAGCACGAAAUGACUGUGCAUACGAACAGUGGUCGUUACAAGUGUGAGUUUUGUCCCCAGACGUUUAUCGAAAAGACCAGGUUUAUGGUGCACAGGCGAAAACACACAUUGGAUCGCCCCUUCAAGUGCGAGGAGUGCCCACGUUCCUUCUCUUCAGAGAGCGCCCUCAAGAACCACCUUCCAGAACACCGCGGUGAACGACCCUACCAGUGUGACAUCUGUGGCAAGGGAUUCCGAACACGGAAAUACAUGACAACACACAAGAGACGUGUUCACAUGGCACCGACAGUAUUCCUUAACUGUAGCUUCUGCGACAAGACAUUCAAGCAUAAGACAGCGCUGUCGCGACACGAGAAGUGCCACAAAGGAAUCCGACCCCAUGUUUGCCUGACGUGUGGACGUGCCUUUGGGACCAAGUGCUCACUGCAGUCUCACAUGCACAUACAUACCGGUGAGAAGCCAUUCGAAUGUCCAGUGUGUCAACAGAAAUUUGCCCUAAGCCACCAUCUGUCCACCCACAUGAUUCGCCAUGAUCGCAAAGCUUUAGCUGCUCCUUCAGAUAAAGACCCAGUUGAUGUUUGAGGAAUGGAUUAAACCUAUCGAAAUUAAUCGUUAGGUUGUAACAGGAAACUGAUGAGAUCUAUGGGUCUGCAGUAAAAACUCAGUAAACUUCCCAUUCUUCCUUGCAGGGCUGAGUUAUUUUUAAAAAUGUUCCAUCCAGAUUCCAAUUUCAUAGUACCAGUUACAAACUGGUAUUCCUAUACUUAUAGAUGGAUGUCAGAAAUUUGAACACAAUAAGAAAAGAAAGAAUGGUCACUUCCUUGCAUUGGUGGAACCAAUCGAGUGACAUUACCAAAUUUGGGUCGUACUUGUUCAACCCAUUCUGUACCUUAGACAUUAAUAACCCUGUUCCCGGGUUCUUAAUACCUAGAAUGCAACAUGAUAAAACAUAGUCUUUGAAAAGUUUGAAUAUAUGCUGAUGAGAACAAAAAUCCACUGCUCUUUUCAACGUUCUUAUCAUAAUAUUUUCAAGAAACAAAUAUGUUUAUAGUAUGCUUCCAAGCAAUUCUAAAUUGCUCCUAAUAAAGAUUGAUUCGCCAUCAUUGUGAUCAAUAUUUAAGCUUUUUUUCUGAUUGUUUUAUGAAAGGGUAUACAUGUAUUCCAAAUGCUGUCUUAUUGCUCGGGGCAUGUAUAUAUGACAGAGCUCCUAGAUGUUCAAUUUCCUUUGAAUUUUUUUUCUUUUCCCCUGAAAAAUGUCACUUCACUCUGCUUCCAAUCUCCAUCGUAGGAUAGUGAAGUAUGAAAAAACAAAAUUAUGACAACUGAAAACAGAAGUUGUUGCCUCAUUGGAAAUGUUCAUUGUGAGCUAUCAAAUUCUUAUGAUAUUUUAAAAGAAUAUAGGAGUAUGGUUGCUCAUCCAAUGUCUACUUUUUACAAGUAUAUUGAAAAUAUUCUGAAUAAUGGCUGAAACUUUUGGGCCGAUACACGCUUAUCCAUGUAUUGUGCGUGUGACCUCCAUAAGAAUUGACUAAUUUAUUAUUUCAUGACUCCAUUGCUUUUCAGUGAAGUUCUUAGAUCAUUUAUAUAAACAGCCUUUCACAAUAACUCCAAUACACUUGCCUAUAAGUCAAACCAGAACAAAAUUUUAUCAACUGUGAAUCUUGCCAUGCCCCAUUUGUGGCUCUUGUUAUUUCAUUUUUUAACUAUGCAUGAAACAAUCCUGUGUUUCUUAGAGAUUUACAGGGAUAUUGUAUAUAAACAAUACGUAUAAUAUUUUUGCUUUUGAUUUAGAGCUUGAGAGAGAGAACAUGGCAUUUUUAUAGGUAAAUUGCUAUAGUCUCUGAAAGCACUAUUCUAUUUGUAUUUGUUUUUUUUUUUAUAAUAUAGUUUUAUGUCAUAUAUUCAUACAGAAAUAUCUUGAUAUUCAAGGUUUUUGUCUCACCUGCAUAGCAGAGUGAGACUAUAGGCGCCGCUUUUCCGACGGCGGCGGCGGCGGCGUCAACACCAAAUCUUAACCUGAGGUUAAGUUUUUGAAAUGACAGCAUAACUUAGAAAGUAUAUGGACCUAGUUCAUGAAACUUGGCCAUAAGGUUAAUCAAGUAUUACUGAACAUCCUGCCUGAGUUUCAUGUUACAUGACCAAGGUCAAAGGUCAUUUAGGGUCAAUGAACUUAGACCAUGUUGGGGGAAUCAACAUCAAAAUCUUAACCUAAGGUUAAGUUUUUGAAAUGUCAUCAUAACUUAGAAAAUAUAUGGACCUAGUUCAUGAAACUUAUACAUAAGGUUAAUCAAGUAUCACUGAACAUCCUGCAAGAGUUUGACAUCACAUGACCAAGGUCAAAGGUCAUUUAGGGUCAAUGAACUUUGGCCGAAUUGGGGGUAUCUGUUGAAUUACCAUCAUAACUUUGAAAGUUUAUGGAUCUGAUUCAUGAAACUUGGACAUAAUAGUAAUCAAGUAUUACUGAACAUCCUGUGCAAGUUUCAGGUCACAUGAUCAAGGUCAAAGGUCAUUUAGGGUCAAUGAACUUUGGCCAAAUUGGGGUAUUUGUUGAAUUACAGCCAUAAAUUUGAAAGUGCGUUGGUCUAGUUCAUAAAACUUGGAUAUAAGAGUAAUCAAGUAUCACUGAACAUCCUGUGCACAUUUUAGGUCACAUGACCAAGGUCAAAGGUCAAUGAACUUUGGGCACAAUGGGAGUAUCUGUUGAAUUACCAUCAUAACUUUGAAAGUUGAUGGAUCUGACUCUUGAAACUUGGAUAUAAGACUAAUCAAGUAUCACUGAACAUCCUGUGCGAGUUUCAGGUCACAUGAUCAAGGUCAAAGGUCAUGUAAGGUCAAAGAACUUUGGCCACGUUGGGGGUUUUUGUUGAAUUGCCAUCAUAUCUCUAUAAGUGUAUUGGUCUAGUUCAUAGCACGUGGAAAUAAGAGUAACCAAGUAUCACUGAACAUCUUGUGCAAGUUAUAGUAGUUUUCAAAAUCAGCACUGCUGCUAUAUUGAAUCGCGUGAUCCAGGUGAGACGGCCAGAGGCAUUCCACUUGUUUUAGCUUGCCAUUUAUCCUAUGACCAAAUAUUGAAUUGAUGUCAUGUGGCAUCACAAUAUGCUUAAAGCAUUAAUAACUCUGUUAUAUUCCUUGACGCAUUUUGCCAAACAUUCAUUUUUUUUCUUCCAUUUGUUUAUCCAAUUUCAUGCCAGGAUUAAUUUCACCUUUCAGUGUCAUUUUAUGCAUUGAUGUUUCUAUUAUCACUUUAUUGAUAAGUGUUAAUAGUUGCAUACACAGGGCCAGUGCCAGGGGGGGUGAAGUUGCCCACUGACAUCUCCCCCCUGUGAUUUUUCGAGUAACUCACGGGGGGUGAAAAAAUGAGAGGAGAAAAAGGAAGAAAGAAGGAAGACGAAACAAAAAAACAAAAAAAAGGAAAGGUUUAUCCUUGGGUGGAAUAACUCCGAAAAUACUUUAUAACAUCAUUGGUAAAAAUGUGACAUUUAGGUUGUCUUUUCACCUCCUGCCGCCCCCCCCCCCCCCCCCCAUCAAAAUAUCCUGUACUGCUCCUGUGUGUACAAACUUAGACAUUUACCAACUCUCAAAGAUAUUUAUGCAAUAUACAUCUAUCUCUAUACCUUGCAUUCUUCUUGCCGUUGUGAUAUGAAGGAUUUUUUUUAAUUGUAAAAUCCUUUAUAUCAAUUGAUGAAGCAUUGCUUAAAAUGCUACAAAAAUACCUAUGAGUUGUUGAUAUGCCAAAAAGAAACCCAAAUGUUGAUGAAAAUAUAGAUAAAACAGUAGGGCUAUGGAAUAGAAAAUUUGUAGUAUUAUUUUUACCCUGUGGGACUAGAAAAUUGAACUUUUAACUACAACAGUUAUUGUUUUGUGCCAAGACUAGUGAAAUUAUAGAGGAUCAUGUCGUAUAUUUAACUAUAUUGUAUCUUAUCUAUAGCAAUUUUUUUAGCAUGUGUAAUGUUCUAAUAAGAUCUUACAUAACCUGUCAAAAAGCCAAAUGAUCAUGUCUGUCCCGUUGCAGAUGGACAGUAUUUGCAUUGUAUUUAUAAAUAAAGAUGUCAUCUUAUAUAAUAUGGUUAAUAAAAAAAAUAACCUGAAGC